AUGGCGUCUAAAGCUAUUCCUUGCGCAGUUCUGGUAUUCAGGAUAUUCACCCUUGCAGCCUGCGUUGCUUCUGGACUGUUACUUGCUCUCGACAACUUUACAACUGCUAAUGGAAAUCAAAAACUACGUUUUCAGGAUGUGGUCACAUUCAGGUAUGUGUUUUCUGCAACAGCAAUUGGAGCAGCAUAUAACAUCCUACAGCUACCAUUUAACAUAUACUACGCUUCCACCCAAAAGCGUUUGAUACGCAACGGAUGCAUGCCGGAGUUUGAUUUCUAUGCCGACAAGGUAGUGAGCUCGAUUCUCUGUUCAGCUGUGGGAGCUGGUUUUGGAGCGGGAUUUGAGCUUAAAAAGGUGAUCAAAGUUUUGAUUCCUCUGCUGGCAUCCCUAGGCGUCCUCGACAACUUGCAGGAAUCACAAACCAAGAACGAUGGCUUCUAUGAGAAGGCUAUUAUCGCUACCGGAAUUCUCUUGGUUGGAGCUGUUUGCAUGGCUGUGGUUUCAAUCCUUACUUCCAUCACUCGAACUUCAAAUCCCGGUUUCUUCCGGUAG